CAAAGCACUCGCACCUAUUCUACACCCCAACUCCUCGAACCCAUAGCAUUAUUAUACAUUUCGCCUCGUUGCUUCUUUUCUUCUCCACGUUUCCUUCAAUCCCGAGUAGAGGACGGGAAUCGUUUUUCGCCAACCUAGAUUCCGUCGAUAAUCUGCAUUGUGUGCACCAUUGCCGAACGGGUUUGUCUCGUUUCGUGAUACACACGUACAUAACUUACAAGACUUACACACGUUACCUGUACCUUGCUAAUUUAAUUGGCGCGCGCUUGUCCCGGCGGAAUGGACCUCGACUCGAUUGGUCCCAGUUCGAGCGGCCAAGCAGCAGUAGUCCCCGGACGGAAAUCGGUCCCGUACGGCCAAGCCUGCACCAACUGCUCCAAGGCCAAGUGCAAGUGUAUCAGCCGCGGCACCCCGGGCUCCGCCGCCUGCGAGCGCUGCCAGCGCCUGGGCAAGCAAUGCGUGCCGUCGGUUAGCGUGCGGAAGCGCGCCGUCAGGCGCCCCGCCGCCGAGCGGACGGCCCAUCUCGAAGAGAAGCUCGACGACCUGGUGUCCAUACUCCGGGCCCAGGCCUCCGGCACGCCGCCGACGGGCGCCUACAGGGCUGGCGCUACUACUAGCGACGAUCUGCCCGACCCCGGCAUUGACCCCGACGCGAAUGCCGGCCCUAGCGCUAUGGAGUUGGACCCGUCCAUAGGGGUGGUGCCGGUCCCCGGUGCCGAUAAAGCGGCGUCUGGCGCGCAUCCGUUGCCGCUGCCUUCGCAGCCUGUCGAAGCCGCCUUCUGUGCGAGAUAUGCGAGCAUUAAUUCGUACCCUACCCCUCCGUCUAUUGCCUCGUCUCAGGAUGGUUAUCCCUCUCCUGCCGAGGCUGAAGAGAUCUUGCGGGUGUUUCAAGACCGAUUCGUCCCCUUCUUUCCGUUCGUGUACAUACCACCUGAGACUACCGCUGCACAACUACAACAGGAAAGGCCAUUCUUAUGGCUGACUAUAGCAUGCACUUGUGCUAAAUCACAAGAGAAAAAGGCAGCCUACAGCCAGAAAAUUAGAGAGUACCUAUCACAGAAGAUGCUGAUAGAACUGGAUCGAAGUGUUGAUUUGUUACUUGGAGUCGUGUGUUAUCUUGGCUGGGGCAUGCACCAUUUCACCGGCAAGCCAUAUAUCAAUGCUUAUAUAAACAUGGCUACCACCAUUGUCGCCGAUCUCCGCUUCGACAAGCCACCCCAAGAUAACUUUUAUAGGGAACUGCACUGCUUUAAACCUACUUACGGGUACCCAAAGACACUCUCCACCCACCGUACGAACGAGGAGAGGAGAGCUACCUUGGCUUGCUUUAUUCUUUGCUCGGGUAUUUCAAACUUCCUAAGGACUCAGACUAUGCGGUGGACGCCUCACAUGGAAGACUCGCUUCAGAAACUUGCCACGUCUCCGGAGACGAUACACGACGAGCUUCUCGUAGCAAUGGUCAGAACGUAUAGGAUCCAGGAAGACGUCGCGCAAAUAACCUGGCGGGCUGCUGACCAUUCCGGAAACUCAGCUACACUAAAGAACCCCCCUUUCAUCUACGUCAAAGCUCUGCGCACAAAUUUGGAAGCAGUUAAACGAGAGCUUCCGGCUGUUCUUCGAGAUAACAAAGUAUUCCUCUCGCACUACUACGCCGCCGAGAUCGCCAUCGCAGACAUGUGCCUCUGGAACGUCAACCCGUGGCUGACGGCGCACCCGCCGCGGCCGGCGCCAGUCACCGGCAGCAGCGGCGGCAUCGACAUGGGGAAGCUGGACGCGUACUACUCGAGCCUGCAGGCAUCGAAAGCGAGCCUCGAGAACUUCCUGUCGUUCGCGCCGGGGGAGUACAUGUGCCUGUCGAUGCCGCUGACGCUGCACUUCGGGCGCGCGACGCAGACGGUGUACCGGCUCAUGGUCGUCGACGACCCGGAGUGGGACCGCGCCAUCGUCAAGAACAGCAUCGACCUCAUGAGCGUCAUGGACCGCGCCGCCACCCGCUUCCUCCAGGUGCCCCAGAUCUGCGGCAUCGACACCGCCGACGACCCCGACAACUUGGAUUACUAUACCAAGGCCGCCAACGCGCUGCGCGCUACCAUCCCGUCGUGGACCGCGACCUUAGAGCAGCUCGGAUGCGCGUCGGGGAGCGCGGCCGCGGCCGCGCCGAAUACGCCCGCCGCGGGCGCCGGCGUCGAUCCGCAGUACCCGCCUGGCUCGGCGAUCCCGGAGCUCUCGUCUAUGGAGUGGUUGGACGAUCCGUGGUUGACGGAUAUGCUGAGGUCGUGGGAGGGGAGUUAGUUGGUAGAGUCUACUGACUGACUGGUUGUUACUGUUUUUCUUUUUGGCUGGACUGCCGUAUUUAGGUAUUCGGGGCGUGAUAUUCUUUUACGGUGUUAUUAUUGCUACUGCGGCCUGGACUGCGGCUGUUUUAUCGGCAUACAUAGCAUUUUCUACCAGGUACAAUACCCAACUUUGGCGUCUGGAAAAGGGGGACGGGGUAGGGGAUAGUGGAUAUGGGUAUAUGGGAUGGAAUUGAUAGCAUUCCCCUCGCUCUACGAAAUGUAGUCGUUGCUCCGUUAUGAUGUUAGUAUUAAGAUAUUGUAAUACUGAAUGGCAAGUGGAUUGGGUUAUGUAAUUUUAAAGCUCACGUUAAUAUAAAUGUCGAGAAAAUCUAGCUACCUACGCUCGG